AUGCAGAACAAUCAUGAUGACAAUAACAACGUCGAUAUUGUUCCUCGCAGAGUGGAAGUUAUUUACAAACGUAAAACAAGAGAGAGAAAAAUAUUUAUGGAUGAACUGAAGGAAGUACGCAAACGAAGGCACAAAAGUUUUAUGAAAAGAAUUAUCGAGUCAAUCGGGCCAAACUGGUACUACGAACUCAGCGAACCUCAAAGGAGAGCCUUGGACACACUCGAAUUUUCUAUAUAUCAAGACGUGCUAGAGGGUCGUCCGGUCAAAACGGAUCAAGUUAUGCGCCAACUGGGCUUACAUCCGCGCCCUUACACGGAAGACCUCAUGCAUUGCGUGAUCACGGGCCGCAAAGAUCCGAAACAGAUGCUUGCAAAUUUAUUCGCUUUGAUAUUCGGUCACUCGAUAGACGGCAAACGCGCCGUCUAUAACCUUAACGGUAAAUUCUUGCUAUCCGGAAUACUUUACUUGGGCAUGCAGAACUUAAAACAGUCCCUUGAUGCCAUGUUUCAUAUGGACUGGGAGGAGUCUACGGAACCUAAACCGGAACCUAAAGUUAAACCCCAACUAGAAUCUCCUUACCUCGAAGAGAUGGUAGCGUGUCUGUACCAACCGCCGAAACGUAAACCAAGGCGCCCUCCGCCUUUACCAAAACUGGACUUCAGCGAACCUUAUGAACUUGAGCCGCUUAUUCGUAAACCACCACCGCUGCCGCCACCUCCACCCCCGCCUAGAAAGAGACUGCCGCGUUCAUAUUGUGACAAGUUGGCUGGUAUUAUUCCUUUAGAGCGUGAAAUCUCAGCCGACAAAAUAUCAAUGAAACCCUUAACGCGCCCCAGCUACGCACGAAAAGGCAGAAGUUCCAGAAUCAGUAUCCUCGAGGACAAGGGAAAGUCGUACGGCAUUGGAACGUCAAUAAAGAAGAAAGUGCGCCGCAAGAAACCAGUGGCUCCCACCACAGGUAUGAAGAACUCGCAGUAUUUGAUACAAGGUGUCUGCAUCGUCAACAACAGAUACGUAUACCUCCUUGGUACGGUAUCCGUCUUGCCGCCGGACGGAUAUAUGAUACAUGGCGGCUAUGCACGCAUCAAUGGGGCGAACAUGAACGUGCAUUGUGGAUUUCGCGCGCUCCCGCCCCCUCCCCCUCCCGACCCAUGCGAUUGCGUAGCGAAGUGGCACGACUCUGUAUUCGAAUACCUCAAGGCCAGUAAAUGCUAUUGCGAACAUUACUACGACUACGGGAACGAGGGCGCGUUCUUGCCGGAUGAGCUGGCGUACUUCGAGAAACCAACGCGCAAUACAACGUUCCGCUUUAACUAUCAGACGAUCUACAAUUUGGACGAAAAAAACCUUUACGUACAGAAACAAUUCAAGAGGCACUGGGAAACGGACAGCAUGCUGCGGGCUGGGGGUGACGAGGACGGUAGUAAAAAAGAUAAAAAGAAAUCCAAACGAAAACAUUCUAAUAGUACACUUGGCGACAACAUGAAGCCCGAAGAUUACCUCAGGUGUGCGCUCAGAACGAUGAGGCGCAACAACAUAGCUGCGAGGCUACCCGAAAUUCAUUUGGUGCCUGAGUUGAAGGAGUGGAUGCGGAAUCGCAUUCACGGCCCCUACACUCCCAAGCAGAGGUCGCGCAUUUUGCAUAGGAGCAUCAAUGACUGGCAGAAGUUUUGGACCCUCUCGCUAAAGAGUUACACACACGUGAACCCGCGAAAAGACCCGAAAUACGCCGGCCACACUAACUGGGUGCAUAAACAAGAUCUAGCACAGUGCUUCGCGAAGUACACGCGCAAGUAUAAAUUGGAAUUGUUCAAAUCGUUCGCGCGUUUCAAUAACAUGCUGUGGCCGACGAUGUGCCAAGCUCAGUUUCCGGAUAAGAAGUUUCGUGAAAUAUAUUAUUCAUAUCUAUGCGAUAAAGUCGAGGAUUUAACCUUGAUGCAUCCGUACAGUGUAACGGAAACCGCUGAACGGAAAAGAAAUUUGGAGAACAAACGUUAUAUCUGCUUCAAAGCUGAGGAACGUGACGAG